GCUGAUCGCACGUACCCCGACUCAAGUGACUCCAGAGUAUAACCUAAGGUUCCCCAGGAAAACGCACUUCAAGCAAUCACACCACUGGUAACAUACAGGCAGCCUAGGCGUGACAUAAAGACGAAAAUCGAUAAGCACGUUACUGCAAUUAUUUAAUCAGUCCUCGUCUUUGGGUAUUUCAGUUGUCCUGUGAUCUACCCUACACAGCCUGCUGAGUGGGUGUAUUUGCACCUGUGUCACAGGAAGCAGUGUGCCGCCAUGUCUUCCCGCCAUGUGCUCUGGGUUGUUACCAUAUGGUGCCUCUCACUUUACUUGAUGUCACUCCCUGGUUUCGUGGCAGCCUCGCAGACGUGUGUCUGUCUCAAGAAUGAAACCUCGCAGUUAUAUAAUCCAAUCCAUAUUGAAUUCCGGGACAAGAGGUACUAUAUCCCUGAACAACGCGGGAUUGUGCGAUAUUUUGAAACACGUGACAAGAAAGGAGGUGUUUUGUUGAAUAUUUCAACAGGGUUGUUUUAACAGACACUCUAGCUGAUCAAAGAGGUUUACUUGGUUUUACCCUGCAUCCUCAUUAUAACGAAAAUGGUAAACUGUACGUGUAUUAUAUUGGCAUCAGUUCGGGCGUUCAGUUCUCCCAUGUCAAGGAGUUUACCGUCGUUAACGAUAUCGCAGUACCCGUCACAGAGCAGAUUCUGCUGAGGAUGGAACAAUUAACAAAUGCUGGGAAUGGCGGACAGAACCAGCCUUCUCGGGAAGAUAUUGAGAGUUGAUGUGGUUGAACCGGGUUUUGUGGGCAGCUCAGCGCUCCGGUACGGCAUUCCCGCAAGCAAUCCGUUUUUGGACAAGACACCAUGGAGACAGGAGGUGUUUGCAUACGGAUGUCGUAAUAUGUGGCGAUGUAGCCAAGACACAGUUGCUAACAGAAAUGGUGAGCGGCGUAUAUUCUGUGGCGAUCCAGGAGAGCGAGCUUAUGAAGAGAUCAAUCUCAUCCACAGUGGGAGGAACUACGGAUGGAACAUCAAGGAGGGGAACGUGUGCUUGGAUAGCUCAAAGUGUAGCAAUGGAACAGUAGAGAACGAAGCGCUGCCGAUCUACAUGUACAUGCACACCAACCUCUUUCAUGCUGUCGUCGGGGGAUAUGUGUACAGAGGCAGGAAUCUUCUUGACUUGUACGGGCGCUAUAUGUACGGAGACGCCAUGACCGGCCAAAUGUCGGUGUUAACCGAGGACAGCUACGGUUGGACAUCGUCCCCGCUUCCGGUUUGUGAUGGAAAUCAGUGUCCGUGUGACGCCAGGAUGCGACCCAGGGACUUCCUACUGACCUUUGGUCAAGAUGAACAAGGAGAGAUAUACCUUCUGACGACGUCUUCAAUAACGGCUUCCAAAGACGAUGGCGUUGCUUUGAAAAUAGUGUCAUCACUUGGGAAGAAGGCGAUAACUUGUGGGUGUGGUGACAGGAGAGAGUCUACAGGAGUCGUGGUGGUCUCUCUGAUGAUGUCGGUGCUGAAGUGGUUCCGUUCAUAGGGUGUUGAGGACGUUGACUGAAGACGUUGUUUAUUUGCUAGAUAUGAAUAUAAACUUAUGUUAUGCUUAUAAGUGGAGAUUUUUGCUGAUGGGAAUAGUAUGUCAUAAUCGGACUUCGAGGGUUCUCCAUUUUAAUAUUGGAAUAUGUUUGGUCAGGAAUGCGGCCCAAAGUGCAAGGUUCGAAUGUUGUUUUGGAGCAUGGUUUUGUGAAUGCACCUUUAUGACUUGUGUAAUGUCCACAACAGUUUUAUGCAAUUCCUUCUGCGUGGUGCAUGUUAUGUUAACUUAAAGUAGACAUACAUGUGAAUCAUUUUCAGGGUGCUUAAUAAGCACGUUUGUGUACGUUUGCAGUGUUUUUGAACCACUAUUUUUAUAUCACUAUUUUUUUACCUUGAAUGAUGUAGAUCUAUGCAAAAAAUGAUUUAGUUUGUAUCCAUCAAACCCAUCACCCUCCGUGAAUUCUAUUGUCCAGCGGCCGCAGUGCAUAGUCGAACAAAUUAGUAUUAUAGUCAGCAUUGGUCAGUACACAACACUGCUGAUGGUGACCUGCUUGAUUGAUCGUUCCACUCCUUAUUAAGGCAAGAAACGUUUUGUUAUCUUAUACAUUUUGUCUUAUGUAUAUAUAUUCUAGAUGGUCUAUGUUUUUACAUGUGGUGUCGUACUAUUCAUGACAAUGGUGCUUGUACAUACAGCAAUCCACGAUGAUCAUAUGUUUCUAAGGUAUAGCUUCAUAUAGAAUAAACGCCCAAAAUUAGUUCAUAUUGGGAAUUAUACGCAAUUCCUGACAUCGCAUGCAUUUCCUACUUAUUUGAGCUUGUUUCAAUUAUGUCAAAUCUGGCUUUUGGUCCUGUGAUUGAUUUGUUGGCGUGUUUAUAACAAUAAAAUCAAAACUGCUCUUGUCUACGCUUA